UUUUGAACCACCGUCACCGACGACUCUCUCAAUCUGCCUGCUAGUGCCUGGUCCACGGCACUGUCCUUCUUUUGAAAAACCCACCGUCCUAGCCAGGAUAUCCAUUCGUUCUUUUCACUCCCACCACCACCAUGCAGGUCGAACAGGUAGCCCGACAGCGAUUCGAGUCUUUCAAGAUGGGUAUGAGCCACAAUGCCUCCCCCGUCGAGAUGAAGCAUCGGCACAACCGAUCGCAUUCGCGCAACGCCUCAAUUUCUUCCAUUGCAUCUUUGCCCACUCCUAAAUCUAUGACCACUCACGAUGUCUCCGCGACGCAUUCCCUUCCUCCUGCACCUAAACGAAACUCGCAACACCGGCGUAUCUCGUCUGUCUCCACUCGACGCGAAUCAGCCGAGAUGAUGGGAGUAACCGUUCCCGAGACUUCGGCCUCCGCGAGCGAGGACUCAGCAGAGCGAGAUUCUAUCCGCCGCAAUGCUCUCUGGGCUCUUGAGGGGAAGCGUGAUGCUUCCUUUGCCAAAGUAGAAAUCCCAGAGCUUUCUGCCCCAUAUGAAUUCCCCACCAAACCUUCCUUCCCCCCAGGUCCAGGGACCUUCACUACUUCUUCCAAGCGUGACUCCUUCAAGCCUUCCUCUUCCAAGGACGCAUUAGGUACUUUGAUGGAGGAGGAAGAGGAAGAGGAGGAUUCCGAUAAGCCUCGCGCACCACCGACACCGACCACACCUACGACUAGCUUCACCCGCAACCUUGGUCAACGCUCUCGUGCGCCGCACCUCAGGCCAUUGUCUCUCACCCCAGACACUCUACCAUCACAAUUCCUUGCAUCACAGGCCCUCCCAACGCCAUCCUCUCCUAAGCGAGCGAGCUUGAAGGCCCUUUCCCUUGCUCCGGAUGCUUCAAACCGUGCAGGAUCUGUGCCAUCUCCGACCCCCGCUCGUCCGAGGCCCGUACUCAACAUCAAACUUGAGGCGGCAUCGCCGUCGCACGAUGACACUUCCAUGUCGAUACGUCAGCAACCGGUCCGGAAGAGCAGUAUAUCAUACAAGACGUCUUCCACGUCUUCGUCGGUUUCCAGCACCGGCCUUCCGACCCCUGAAUCGACACCAACGUGUACAGAGCGCCGUUUCUCUGGAUAUACCCACAGUUCCAUCUCCAGCCGCAGCAGCCAGGGUAGUCAGGGCAGCAUGGCCAGCAACCGUCUUAGCGUUGCCGAGGACGACUUCUUGACCAUGAACUCUGGCAAUGGACGGCCUUUGAGCGUGAGCGAGCAGCACUUUCUGUUCAAAAGUCACAACGCCCUGCUCGCUCGCAUCACCGAUCUGGAACGGGCUUUGUCCUUUCGUGGCAACAACAAUUCGCGUCCUUCUUCGAUUGCUUCUUCUGCCUCUGCUCUUUCCAGUACCUCUUCCCGCUCCAGCGAGACAGGGGAACCGAUAGACGAAAUGCUUUGCCUCGUGUCCGACCUCAAGGCAGAAAGGGAUGAAUUGAAGCGUGAUGUUGAAGGCUGGCGUGUUCGAGUCGGCGACAUGGAGAAACAAUUGACUGUGAUGGGGAACCGAGUCGAGGCUGAACGACGAGACGCUUGGGUCGCUCGCACUCGUGUUGGAUUGCUUGAAGUCGAGCGCAGCGGUCUGGAGAAAGUUGUCGUAGAUCUCCAGACGGAAAACACGCGCUUGGCCAAGUCCGAGCAAACCCUUCAGGAACAGAUCGCCCGCCUUCUGCGCGAAAAGGAGGCGGUUUCAGCUGAGCUACAGCAAGUCAGGAGUCGCGUUCCUCGCGAGCUUGAUCCAUUGGACACGCCACGCGCUUUUGACGGCCCUGUUGUACACGUCCGACCCGCGCCCUCUUCUAUGCAUCGUGGCCUUGGAUUUGCUUCUUCGGCCGGUGAAGAUGCUCCUUCUACACUUGGGCUCGGGUUCAAACUUCGGGUCGAUCAGGAGGAAGAAGCCUCCGAUGAGGAGAGCGACGAGCUCGCCGGAUAUGAAGACGAGGAUGAGAACGACGUCCUCAUCAGUCCCUCGUCAUCCUUCGGGUCCGUUGAUGAUUUCCGUGGCUCGGCCGCUUCGGCGCCUGUCGUUUCUCCUCCUUCCGCUCCCGUUCCAGCUCCGGCCCACAGCGCACAGAAGUCUAUUUCGAAGUGGACGUUCCCCAAACAUGUGGUUCCCAUCAGCCGCGACGAACCUGACAUCGAUCGUUUCUUCGGAUGUCUUGAAGACCUGGACUCCCCGGCUUCACCACUCACGGGUGAAUAUUUCGACUAUGACGAGGAGAAGAGCAAGUCGUUCUUCGCCAAGGGCUUCUCCUGCGACGAUAGCAACUCCUGCUUUGUGUUGCCAGCUAGUGUACUCGCCACGGUCGACAGCCGCUAUGUUCUGGAUGUUGUUGAAGAAGAGGAAGAGGAAUUAAGAGAGGAUGACGAAUCCGAGACUGAAGAGGAGACUGUUGUCGAGGACGGAGAAGUCAAUGGUGGUAUCAAGAUCACAUUCACACCUCCCAUGGAGGACAAACACCUCGAACCAGCACUUACCGAGCCAGUCCUACCGCCACCAAAGCUCGUCACAGUCCCGUCGCUCCGAUUUUUCGAAGAUGAAGAUGACUGUGAGGAUGAAGCUCCGUUCAACUUCGGUCGCUCUCAGCCGAUGACUCCGGAACGCUCCGAGUCUCGUCCCUCGCUUCCCUCUUCGAUUCCAAGGCCCAAGCCCAGCCUCUUCUCGCCAUCUCGCGUCGUUCACGAAAACGACAGUGCCUUUGUGACACCGCCGACGAAGCGUGGCGGAACGACACCCUCCUUCAUUCCUCUACCGAGUUCGCCUUCUCCGACUUUUUCAGCCAACGCCUCUACUACUACGUUCAUCCGGCAGCCUUCCCGGCAGCCGACACUGCGAAUGCAUCAAACAGGCCCUGCAAACGGUUCGGCGAUUCCCCGGCUUCGUUACCAUGCGAUUGAAUUUUCUGCGGAUGAACGUGACGCCUGGCGCAGAAUCAUUCGACAGCUUCUUUCUCCACCGACUGCCCUUGACGUGCCCAGCGAUACGUACACUCUACUGCCUCCGCAUGUGCGAUCUCGUGACAUCGUGGACGCGCCGGCUCCGGGUCUGCAGAUGAAGAUCCCACGGACGGGGUUCCGAGCGAGUGAGGCCGCCCCCAUGUUGCUCUCACAGCUUGGCGUCUUGCUCGUUUCGGCUCUCGGUGUGGUGGACGCUCGCCGUGCGCCGGCCAGCCGGCGGGUGCAGCUGCCGCGCGUGAAUGACGGUCUGCAGAAUUUGGUGACCUGGGACGAGUAUUCGCUGUUCAUCAACGGGACGCGGGUGAACCUGUUCGGCGGAGAGGUGCAUCACUAUCGGAUGCCAGUGCAGAGCCUGCACUUGGACAUCUUCCAAAAGAUCAAGGCGCUGGGGUUCAAUGCCGUCUCGACGUACUUCUUCUGGGGUAUGUACGAGCCCAAGCGCGGCCAGCUCGAGUUCGACGGGUUUCGCGACCUGCAGCCGUUCUUCGACGCUGCCAAGGCGGCUGGACUGUGGAUCAUCGCCCGGCCCGGGCCGUACAUCAACGCGGAAACGACUGGCGGCGGAUUCCCGGGAUGGGGGACGCACACGGCGGGAUUGUGGAGGACGGAGAAUGCGUCGUACGUCGAGGCGUACCAGGGAUACAUGACAGCCGUCGGGGAGAAGAUUGCGCUGAACCAGAUCACGCACGGCGGACCGGUCAUCCUGGUGCAAACGGAGAACGAAUACAGCGGCUUCCAGCCUCCGUACACGGAAGACUUUACGUACGAGAGCGAUCUGAAGGAGACCCUGCGGUCGGCCGGAAUUACCGUCCCGCUGACGGUCAACGACGCCUGGGCCGGCGGACAUUAUACGAAUGUGGACAUCUACGGAUACGAUUCGUACCCGAAUGGCUUCAACUGCACCGUCCCGGACAACUGGCUGGCUGAUGCCGUUCCAGAGUGCGUUCUUUUGGUGUCUUCCCUGACUCGUGUUGACCCCGCGGUAGAUGGUUCUGGGGGCGGAGCUCUCGACGGAUGGGGUGGCGCUGGCUACGAUCUCUGCUCGCAGCUGACGGGGCCUGAAUUCGAGCGCGUGUUCUACAAGAAUCAGUUCGCCAUGUCCACCACGAUGCUCAAUCUGUAUAUGGUUUACGGCGGCACUAACUGGGGAGGGAUUGCUUAUCCCGGUGUCUACACCUCUUACGAUUAUGGGUCGGCGAUCGCCGAAGACCGCACUCUGCGCGAGAAAGCAUACGAGCUCAAGCUGCAGGCCUACUUCCGAGCUGCCUCCCCCGCUUUCCUGACAACCCGGCCGAUGAACAUCGGGGCGAGCCAGGGCAGCUUCACCGGAAACCAAGCUCUGAAGACGACCCAAGUGCUCGAUGUGGUGGGAAACAAGACGGGAUUCUACGUGGUCAGGCAAACUGAUGCGUCGGUUCACGAUGUGCAAACGUAUACAUUGACGCUGCCGACAAGUGUCGGAAACAUCACGAUCCCUGCGCUGGGCGGCAGUCUGCAGCUUCACGGAAAAGACUCGAAGAUCGCGGUCGUUGACUACCUGCUGGCUCGACGACCCUCGUCUACUCCACAGGCGAAGUCCUGAUUGGGCUACUAUUGACAACCGAGACGUGAUCAUUCUCUACGGCAAUGCCGGUGAACUACACGAAACGGCAUUCAAAACCACCGCCGGUAAGGUGGCCGUUGUUUCAGGAUCAGGCAAGAUCAAGACCAAGGCUGCAUCUGACCUGUUGACCGUUCAAUACACAACAACGGCCAAACCGUGCUUGAGAUCGGGAACACCCUGGUGUAUAUCGUUGGUCAGCAUGGAACGGAAACGGAAUCCUUG